AUGAAGGCCGCGCAGCGUGCGAAAGGCCUGCGCCUCUCGGUGCAGCAGAGCGUCGAAUGCGACAUGGACCUGGGCGAACUGCCUUCCACCCCGAUAAAAGAGACGGCCGCCGGCCUGGGAUCCGAUGUCCAGCUCUUUUCGCCACCGCGCUCCCGCUUCGUCCCUGGCCUCGACCCUGUGCUGCUCUCGCCGUCGUGCAACACCCUCCGCUUCAAGAGAUCACACCGCGGCCGCACUGCCCCUCUCGGAAAGGCGCUCUCCACCGACCUGGACGAGUCGGCCUUGCCCGUGGCCUCGUCGCAGCCGGUCGCCCAAGGUGAUCGCACUCCCCAGCUACCUCGCCAAGAGUCGCCCUGCUUCGAGCGCGAGCACGGAAGCGUCCCUGCCACCCCAUCCCGCGACAUCCAGCCACUCCGCAACGGAUCUCUGCCCCAGACGCCGCCGCGAACGGACAAGAUGCAGCGAGCUCGCUCCCUGACCAACGACUCGCGCGGCCAUCCCUACUUCCACUACCCGACCCCGGUGACGCCGAGCCGCUACGUCGGGGGCAUCUGGCGCUCGGUGUCGUCGUCUCCAGUGUCGCGGGGUGCCUUCUUCCCGUCUCCGUCUCCGUCGACGUUUUCGACCCCUACACACUCGCUCUCCCGCACCAGCUCCUUGCGCUCGACGGCGGAACAGGAAGAAUGGUUGCCGCCUUCGCCGCCGUCUGCAUUCGGCCAGGCGCCAAUGUACGGCAUGGCGUCCGGCCCUGGCUACCGAGAUGACACAUUCUGGACAAGCCAGGUGCCUCUACGAGCCUCUCCUCGCAAGCAGAGUCACCCGAAAACGCCAACGCAGCCGGCUCCCUACCCGGUUGUUACCUUGACGAGCCCCUCUCACGCCGCCCGCUUCUGGCAGACCCCGAUCCAACCCGGAAAACACAACGCUCUCGCUCUCUCGACGACACCUAUGGAUUCGCAGAUGUUUCUUCACCAACCCUACCCGUCUCCGCUGCCCGGCUCGUUCGCCCUCGAUCCGGAGCCGACGGAUGUACAGCUGAUGCGCAUCGAAGACCUCCUGCUGGAGGAGCGCGCGGGAGAGGACAGCAAAAAGGCGCUGCAUGUCGCCCCAAUGCAAACCAGGAUGGAGCCGACGAUCACGAGGCAGCCGAAGCUGGAGCCCGCCGCUGCCUCCGAGGUUCGCGUUCGCGGGCCGACGCUCCGCGCACCUGCCGAAGGCGACUCUGGAGAGAUCUUCACCAACCCCACGGCCAUGCGAGCGGAGCUUCUCGACGCCGAUGGCGAUUCGCUUUCCUGCGAGCUGCAGAGCACCACGCACAACUGCUUCAUUGUCGUCGACGGCAAGUGGGCCUGCUACCGCCGCAACUACCUCAAGAUCGACACCUCUUGCAGCGUCAUGAAGCGCGCCAGUGGCCAACUUGCCGAGUCAACUCGGUACUUUGUCAGGCAGCACGGCUCGUCCGAUCUCCGCACCGUCUCUCACUUCACCGUCGGGCUAUCGGCGCACAUCGCCGACCAUCUGGGCGGCGUCAGCGAGCUUCCGCAGCACGAGAUCCCCCUGAUUCAAUUUGGGCCGGCUCGCGAGCGAGGACCGCGAACCGAAGUGUACCCGCGCCAGCUCGAACUCAGCGGCGAGCCAGCAGCCGGCGAGCGCAGCCCUCUAGCCGCGGACCGCGUCGCUGCCUUCCGCAGGAUCCAGAUCCGCUCGGCGACGCUCAACAACGGACAGAGGGGCCAUGCUGGGCAGCAGUACUUUGCGCUCAAGCUGACGCUCUACGCUCACCUCCAGCCGGUGCUGGAUCCUCGCAGCGGCACGGCCAUCCGCCGAUCUCGACGCAUCGGCGCAGCGGCGAGCGCGGGCAGGGCCACCCACGCUGCCACUGCCACUUCCGCCGCCGCCGCCGCCGCCACUGACCCGGUGGCCGGCACGAUCGUCGAGGUGGCAUGCACCGUUUCGCAGCCCAUCACCGUCCGCGGACGCUCCAAGAUGCACUACCAGGCGCUCUCGGAGCAGCGAGCCCGGCAACGGCUGCAGGGCGAGCCUGGCAAGGUCACCGCUGUCAAGAUGCGGGCAGGCACGGUUGGCGCACAGACGCGCACCGAGAUCGACCCCGACUCGAGAGUUGGCUCUGCGACGAGCUGCGGGAUGGGCUCCUCGUCGACGAAUCUCGAUGUUCCGGUCCGGAGCCUUAGCAGCAGCAGCAGCAGCAGCAGCAGCGACUGCUCCGACUUCUCCUUUGACAGCGACAACGACGGCGACGGCGACGGAGACCGGCGCCGAACCGACACGCUGAUGGCCGCGGAAGCGUCUCUGCCCUCGUCGCCGACGCCUGCCCAGCUGCAGAGCCGCCGGCCCUAUGUGAUGGACAUCCGCAACGUCAUCUGA